CGGGGCACAUAGUUCGAAGAACUGAUGGAAGUUGGAGUCCCAAGGAGCUGGAACGGCGGUUUCACAGGGAGCCGCUGGAUCGAGGCGGUGCGGCGCAAGACCGUGGCAUAUACGGAAGGCGUUGUAAGAGUCUAGGAGUGGGCGAUCUAUCGAUUGAUGAUGACUGUAAAAUUUAAUAAGGCAAAUUCAAAAUAACGGAUGGUCACAGAUUUCAACUGAAACUAUCUAGGAAUCUUUCUACCACUAAGUCAACAUGCACGUGAAAGUGCCAGACGUCAACCACUGCUGUUUCUGCUUGCCGCUGCGACCGGGCAUUAUUUUAUUUGCCUAUAUCAACAUAUUAUUUUCAAUCCUCGCGGUAACAUGUCUGAUCAUCACCACGGAGCUGGAGCGCUCGUCGCCAUAUCACGGUGCUUCGGACACGGUCGAGGCGACCACAUCUACCAUUUUGUUUAGCAUCUUUGGGAUGGGAGUCAUACUUAAUUUCUUGCUUCUUGUUGCUGGAUAUCAGAAAGAUAUUUUAAUGCUGCGUUUGUACAACUAUUAUGCAGUUGCCACUGCACUUGCAGCUUUGAUACCAACCUCCUUUCUCCUCUCCAGAGAAAUGUUUGUCGAAGUUUUCAUAGCUUUGGUAGCGAUAGCAAUGCAAUGCUACGUCAUAGUGCUGGUGCGCAGCGAGGUGGUGAAGUUAGAAGAGAGGCAGUUGUUGUCAAUGGAAGAUAUACAGGCGACCUUUCAAGAACAAGUUGAUGUUCCGGACUGCGUCACUAUAGUAUAAGCAAUUUACAUAAAAAUUUCACUAUGGACCUUUGUGAUAC